GACCUAGAGGAAUCCCCCAGAAUGAAGCUGAGUCUUACCAAGGUAGUUAAUGGCUGUCGCCUAGGAAAAAUAAAAAACCUGGGCAAAACAGGAGACCGCACCAUGGACAUUCCAGCCUGCCUUCUGUACACCAAGACCGGCUCUGCCCCACACCUGACCCAUCAGACAUUGCAUGCUAUCCACGGGGUUCCUGCCAUGGCUCAGCUUACACUGUCCUCACUGGCAGAACACCAUGAGGUCUUGGCAGAAUAUAAGGAAGGAAUUGGAAAGUUUAUAGGCAUGCCAGAAUCGCUCUUGUACUGUUCCCUGCAUGAUCCAGUCAGCCCCUGCCCAGCUGGUUACGUAACGAACAAGUCUGUGUCGGUGUGGGGUGUUGGGGGACGAGUCGAAAUGACUGCUUCCAAGUUCAUGGCAAUUCAGCAGGCCCUUCAGCCAGACUGGUUCCAGUGCCUCUCAGAUGGAGAGGCAUCUUGUGAGGAAGCAACUUCCAUAAAAAGAGCCAGAAAGUCUGUUGAUCGAUCACUUCUAUUCCUGGAUAAUUGUCUCCGGCUGCAGGAAGAGUCAGAGGUCCUUCGGAAAAGUACCAUCAUUGGUGUGAUUGAAGGUGGAGAUGUGAUGGAGGAGAGACUGAGGUCAGCACGAGAGACAGCCAAGCGGCCCGUAGGUGGCUUCCUUCUGGAUGGCUUUCAAGGGAAUCCCACAACCCUGGAAACUAGACUGUACUUGCUGUCAUCAGUCACUGCAGAGCUGCCGGAGGACAAACCCAGGCUCAUCUGUGGAGUCAGCCGACCAGAUGAGGUGCUCGAGUGUAUUGAAAGAGGAGUGGACUUAUUUGAGAGUUUCUUCCCUUAUCAAGUGACAGAGCGGGGAUGUGCCCUGACUUUCAGCUUUGAUUACCAGCCGAACCCUGAAGAGACGUUAUCACAACAAAAUGGGACACAGGAAGAAAUAAAAUACGCAGAUCAAACAAAGAAAAUUAAAACAACCAGUUGUAACCAAGAAAUUACAUCAUUUGAAAUUAAUCUGAAGGAAAAAAAGUACCAGGAGGACUUUGAUCCACUUGUGAGAGGGUGUUCCUGUUACUGCUGUAAGAAUCAUACUCGUGCGUACAUCCACCAUCUGCUGGUGACCAACGAGCUGUUGGCUGGAGUCCUGCUUAUGAUGCACAACUUUGAACACUAUUUUGGUUUUUUCCACUCCAUCCGGGAAGCCCUAAGAAGUGACAGACUGGCACAGUUGAAAGAGCUCAUCCGCAGGCAAGCGUCUUGA